AUGGAGUGUGAUCCCACGCUACCCAUCCAACCAGCCACUGCGAGGCCUCUACUUGUAAUUGAGGAAGAGUCUGUUUGGAAACCUGACAUUAUCAAGGAUGUAAAGGAGGCAUUUGAAGAACCCCGUAAGCGAAAAGGAGACGUGAUCAACGCGAUGGCGACGGAGCGCUAUCUAUUGAUCAAAGAUGGGCAACAGGAGCUUGCAAAUUUCCUAUAUAGAAAGAUGGACCUCAUCAAAAAACAUGUGAAGCAAGCCGACGAAAUCAUAUUCGAUCAAGAAAAAGGUCUGGACAGUGUGCGAGCGUUCAUUGAGGAGCGCUUCAUCAUGCAUUUCGGACCAGAUAUGGAUGGUUCAAUGAGAAAAUGGACCGAAGAAGAGGAAGAAGAGCAGCAGUUUCUUAUCGACAAUUCCCUGUUCAUACUCAAGGUCAUCCUGCGAAUGAACAAUUUGGAUCCGGACGACUAUAAAUCGGAGUUUGGAAAUUUUCAUGCGAUGGCGAAAAGUAAAAUAAUUUUCCGUCAAACAGAAAUCAGAGACAAGGAGUUGGAUGAGAUGAAACGUCGACUUGAAAUGGCGCGGAUACAAGCGAGAGAAGAUCGUUUGGAAAGGAUUCGUGAUGGAGAAGUGAGUUCCGAUGAUGACUUGUAUGAGGAGGACGGUGAAGUCGUAGAUGAGGAGCGGUCUGCUGAAUACGAGCAGCAGUUGAUUGCCCAUAUGCAAAAACUACAUAUCGAAGUGGAACCAGACCGA